GGCUACCGCCUGCGCGGCAGCGUUAGCCGCGAUCGGUUGGGUAUAUUGAGCUGCCUCGCAUGCGGAGCGCCUGUCCAGCGCGGCGCCGCUGUCGCAGCCACCGACGCGACUUGGCCCCAUAUCAAUAUCCGAGACAUUGGCGUGGCCAUGCGGGAGGGUUGCCGGGGCUGCGCCUCCGGCCCCGAAGCGCAGAGCGCGCGGGGGAGAUUGAGGGGUCGUGGCGCAGACCGCGCGCAAGUACGUUCGCAGAACAAAUGGAAAGACACCCGCGAAGACGGCGUCGCCGACCGCCGAGUGGUCCGCAGGGCAAGACCGCAUUCCACAGCAACAGCGUGGCAGUCUUCGCCCGGCAACCAGAGAGAGUCCGCGGACGACGGGCUGCGUGAGAUAGAGAACCCCUGCACGAUGGGAAAGGCUAAGAAGCUGGGGCAAAGGACAUGGUGGCCGUGCAUUAACACGGGUAUUAUGGAAGAGGAGGCCUGUGCCAUCAUCGAACCGUUCGACUGGGGGUGCGCUAUCCCGUGGGGCUGCGACCGCGACGAGCCCAGCUUGGGCUGGUCUGAAUGGGGCCUCGAGUCCAAGCGGAGCGCCGAGAUCCUGCCGCCCAAUAAUUUGAAAGCUGCAGUGGAACGGGGGCUGCAG